AGUUUGCUGAGCUAGUUAAACUGGCUCUUUCUGCCUUGUGUUUUUGGCAACUGAGAAGUUCCUUUCUUAUAAAAACAGAAGGCAGGCUUGCUGAUUGGACAUGGUUCUGGAAAGGAUAUGACAUCAGCCACAUCCCUCACUUUGUUCUGUGUGCCUGAAAUCAUCUUGUACUUUUUUACUCGGUCAAUGAAGAGGUGUUCUGUUAAACUGGAAUGCCAAGGUUUUUUAGAUUAUGGUGGACUUGUGGUUGGCACUGAAGUCCCACUCUUGUGCAAAGUGUUCUUGACUUGCACACAGACUUCUUAAUACAUGACUCAUGGAACGUAGGUUUGUUUUUUUUAAGCAGGCAAGAUGGAAUUUGAACUCUCAUGAUCUCAACUGUGAAGUGAAAUAACAGUAUUCAGACUGUCCAGUGUUGCAAUGGAUGUGGAAGGAGAAAAUGUGAAGGCCAGCAUAUCCCAAGGAUCAGUAAGCCAGUCUCAUCCAACAUACCUAUCAAAUCCAUUGAUGGGUGAUCUUGUUUCUGACUGGUCUCCUUUACAUGAUGCUUCCAUUCAUGGGCGACUACUUGCUCUGAAGAAACUCAUCAAUCAGGGAACAAGUGUGAAUCUUAUGACAGCAGACUGUGUCUCUCCUCUCCACGAAGCCUGCUUAGGGGGUCAUUCUGCUUGUGCAGGUGUUUUACUAAAGCAUGGGGCCCAUGUAAACACAGCUACUAUUGACUGGAACACACCUUUGUUCAAUGCUUGUGUCAGUGGAAGUGUAGACUGCUUGAACCUGUUACUGCAACAUGGAGCCAGUCCACAUUCAGUGUGUGACCUGGCAUCACCUAUCCAUGAAGCUGCUAAGAGAGGUCAUACCAAGUGUGUGGAAUCCCUUGUAUCCCAUGGAGUCAAUAUUGAUCACAGCAUAAAGCAUCUUGGUACUCCACUCUAUGUCGCAUGCGAGAAUCAACAAAUAGACUGUGCAAAAAAAUUACUUGAGUCAGGCGCAAGUGCAAAUAGUGGGAAAGGUCUGGAUUCCCCUCUCCACAUGGCUGCUCAAACCUCCAAUGUGGACAUGGUGCAUUUGCUCAUUGACUUUGGAGCAAACACUAGGGCCUUGAACGCUGAUGGCAAAAAACCAACAGAGCUGGCUCCACCAAACAGCAGCCUAGAGCAGAUAUUUCUGCAGAGAGAAGGGCCCUUCGCCUUGAUGCAGUUAUGCCGCCUGAGCAUACGAAGGUACUUGGGAUCCAAACAGCAACAGAGAAUAAGUGAACUUCUGUUACCAGAGGAGCUGAAACGAUUUCUUCUGUACCUUUAAGUGUUUUGUAUUCGCUGCUGGAUUAUUAAAGUGUUCUUACCCAUGUA